GCGAUAAAAAGUAGUGUCAAAAAGUCAGAAACAUAAAGAGGCGUGUCCUGCAUCCUGUAUCUACCCUCUUUUCUUUUAGGGUUUCUUAUUUUCUUUAUUUAAUUUCACACACACUUACGAACCCAAAAUCCAAUUAUUCACACUCGAUUGCUCUUCACCUUUACAUUUUUCAUCGAUCUUGAAAAUACCCACCACUGUUCUUCACCCAAAUCGUAAGUUCUUCACUCUUUUGUUGCUCUUUUGUUGUAAAGUUUGAAUCUUUACGUGUUUUUUUGAGUUCUUUUUGGUCUCCUGAGGUUCAAUUAUGUUGUUUCUGUAUUGAUUCAGUUAUUUGUAUCUAUACGUUAGUUGGGUGUGUGGUAGAUCUGUAAUUAAUGUGGGUUGUUGUGGGUUAAUUUGGGGAAAUUGAAUUUAGGGUUUGUAAGAUUUUUUGUUGAUAUGGGGUCAGUGGGUGAAGAGGGUAUAGUGAAUUUGAUGUCUGCAAGAAAGUUGUUGAAGGGUAAUUUGGAGAAAAGUAAAGGGUUAGGGUUACAGUUGCAAAAAGCUGGACCUAGGUUAGAAGAGAUUAAUCAACGGUUACCGGGUUUGGAAGCUGCGGUGCGUCCGAUUCGCGCGCAAAGGGACGCGCUUGAUGCGGUUGGUGGGCAUAUUAACAAGGCUGUUGUUCCGGCAGCUGCGGUUUUGAAGGUGUUCGAUGCGAUUCAUGGGUUGGAAAAGUCGUUGUCGGAUCCGCAGUCGGAUCUUUCGGGGUACCUUAAGGUGUUGGAUAACUUGCAGGAGGCGUUGCAGUUUUUGUCGGAUAAUUGUGGGAUGGCGAUCGAGUGGUUGGAUGAUAUCGUCGAGUAUUUACAGGAUAAUAACGUGGCUGAUAAACGGUAUACGAUUAGUUUGAAAAAAGCGCUAGAUUAUUUAAAAGAGUUGCAGAAUGAAGAAAAGGGUCGGCUUGACGGUGGGCUUUUAGAGGCUGCGUUAGAUAGAUUAGAAGGCGAGUUUCGUCGUCUUUUGACUGAAAACAGUAUCCCCUUACCUAUGUCUUCGUCCCCUUUGAAAGACGAACAAGCGUGUAUUUCCCCGUCUCCGUUGCCGGUUCCUGUAAUUAAAAAGUUGCAAGAAAUUAUCGGGGGAUUGAUUGCUAACAACAGACUAGAAAAAUGCAAAUCUAUCUACGUUGAUGUUCGUAGCUCGAUUGUUAGAGCAAGUUUACGGGCGCUUAACUUGGAUUAUUUGGAGAUUUCAGUUUCGGAGUUCAAUAACGUGCAGAACAUUGAGGGUUACAUAGCGAAUUGGAGUAAGCAUUUAGAGUUUGCGGUUAAGCAUUUAUUCGAGGCUGAAUAUAAGCUUUGCAACGAUGUUUUCGAGAAGUUGGGAUUGGAUGUAUGGCGGGGUUGUUUCGCAAAUAUAGCGGCACAAGCGGGCAUGCUUGCGUUCCUCCAGUUUGGGAAAACGGUCACCGAGAGUAAGAAGGAUCCAAUAAAGUUAUUGAAAUUAUUAGACAUUUUCGCAUCUUUAAACAGGUUAAGAUUGGAUUUUAACCGUCUUUUCGGUGGGGCCGCGUGUGCUGAAAUUCAAAACCUCACAAGGGAUCUUAUCAAAAGGGUGAUCGAAGGUGCUUCCGAAAUUUUCUGGGAGCUUUUGCUUCAAGUGGAGUUACAACGACAAGCACCGGCACCGCCAGAUGGCGGUGUACCGAGACUUGUUAGUUUUAUUACCGAUUACACUAAUCGGCUUCUGGGAAGCAACUACAAGCCGAUCUUGAACCAAGUAUUAGCGAUCGAAAGAAGUUGGAAACAUGAAAAGUUUCAAGAAAGUCUUCUUCAUGACGAGCUUCUUAAUUUAAUCCGAGCCAUUGAAUUGAAUCUAGACGUUUGGUCAAAAUCGUAUGAGGAUCCCAUCCAAGCGAACGUUUUCUUGAUGAAUAAUCAUUGGCAUCUUUACAAGCAUCUAAAAGGCACAAAGAUCGGAGCUUUAUUAGGUGAUCAAUGGUUAAGAGGACACCAAGAGUACGCGGAAUAUUAUACCACCACUUUUGUUCGAGAAAGUUGGGGAAAACUUCCGUCUCAUUUAAGCCGCGAAGGCUUGAUUUUGUUCUCCGGAGGGCGUGCGACUGCGCGCGAUCUUGUGAAAAAGCGGCUCAAAGCGUUUAACGAAGCUUUCGAUAACAUUUACAAAAAGCACUCGAAUUGGGUUCUAUUGGAUAAAGAGCUACGGGAAAAAACAUGCCAUCUUAUAAUUCAAGCAAUCGUCCCUGUUUACCGAAGCUAUAUGCAGAACUACGGCCCACUUGUUGAACAAGAUUCGAGUGCUAGCAAGUACGCAAAGUUCACUGCGCAGUCUCUCGAAAAAAUGCUUAAUUCCCUGUUUAUACCAAAACCCAUGCGACAUGGCAGCUUUAAAGUCCGACAACACAGUAGUAAAUUCAGCAACGGCGUUGAAGAACAGUUAUCUCCGUCUCCUACACCUCCCAUUGCAUCGGCGUGACAUCACCCUUGUCGUCUACCAAGAGCGGUUCCUUUGUACAUAUUGAGGAACUCAAAAGUGUAAAAGAAGAAGAUUCAGAUUCCUGAAGUUGGUUUAUGAUAUGGGAGUUUUCGGUUUCUUGAUGAUAUAUUUAUCAGGUUGGUGGACAGUGGACAACUGAACUCAUGAAUCUAUAGGUAUCUUUGUUCCUAUGAAUCCAUAAUUAUUGGUUCUGUUUUUUUUUUAUAGGGUUAGUAGCAAGGAAGAUUUGUUGAAUUUAGUUAUGUUGUUGUGUACAAUUGUUUUGGUACAAGUGCAUCUAGGAACUCUGGCCCCAUAAUUUUAUUACAAUAUCUUUAAUUAAAUCUUGAAGUAUA